AACAGGUAGAUAGUAGAUACCUACUUUUACCAGACCAUUGCAAACUGUUUUAUUUGACUUUUUCGUUUAUGUAUUUGAUUAGCGAUGUUGCAUUUAGUUCAGUAAUUCGGGAAUAAUUUUGUUAAGUUAAAACAAUUACAAACAUACGUAAAACUAAGAGAUCUCGGUAACCGGGAAUAAACAAAUAAAAAUCUUUGUUAAACAGAUUUAUAUAUUUUUUUAAUUUUGACUAAGUUGCGAGAAGAUUAAUGGAAUUUUUAAUUUUACAUACGCUGUUCUCAUUAUACUUGUCACAAAAGCUAUAAACAACAAAGAGUUGUUAGCAAUAUAUCUAUCAGUUCAUCUGUUAUAUUAAAAAGUCAACAUGGAAUUUACUUUAAAUAUCUUUACUUUAAACUGCUGGGGCAUACCUGUUGUCUCUAAGAAUCGCAAAGAGAGAAUUGAAGCUAUAGCCACAUAUUUGCAGACUGCUUCCCACAACAUUGUUUGUCUACAAGAAGUAUGGUGUGAAAGAGAUUAUCUGUAUUUAAAGGAUCAGCUACAGAAGCAAUUUCCAUUUUCACAUUAUUUUUACAGUGGUGUUUUUGGAUCAGGUUUAUGUAUAUUUACAAAAUGGGCAAUUCAAGAUGUCUUCUUCCAUCAGUGGCCACUAAACGGGUACAUACAUAAGAUUCACCAUGGCGAUUGGUUUGGAGGAAAGGGUGUUGGUUUAUGCCGAAUUAAAUACAAUGACAGGCUAAUCAAUAUAUACUGUACUCAUUUACAUGCAGAAUAUCACGAGGACGAUAUAUACUUGGCUCAUAGAGUAUUACAGGCAUAUUCUACUGCAGAACUGGUUAAUUUAACUUCGUCUCCUGCCGAUGUAUCAAUACUGGCUGGUGAUCUCAAUGCCGCACCCGGAGAUUUAUCAUUUAGAUUAAUUACUCAACUGCCGUCUCUUCUUGAUCCGUACACUCUACUGGGUGAUCAUGAUCAGUUUGCAAAACAAAUUGGAACCAGUGACAACAUCAACAAUAGCUACUCCGAUCAAAAGUUGGUAAAGCUAUGCCCUGAGGGGAAGCGAAUUGACCAUAUAUUAUUUAAUGUCGAUUCAAAAUAUGAGGCCCAAGUAAAUAGUUACGGUAAUCCCAUGGAGGAGAGGGUUCCCGGGGAGCCAUUUUCUUAUUCUGACCAUGAUGCUGUUGCGUUAGAAUUAAAAAUAAAACCUUCUCAAAGUAAACCAAAGAGGCAAUACAGUGUAGAGAAACACUUUCAGGAAACUAUAGAAGAGGCAAUAAAAGUUUGCCGAGAGGCUACUGUGACUAUAACUAAAUCCAAAAAACUAUUUCUUAUGACAGGGGGCUUAAUAUUCAUGUUUCUUUUAGGUUCUGUUGGCUUCUGGCCCAAUAACAUUAUGACCGACAUUUUAAAAAUAAUAAUGACAGGAAUUUCAUUUUAUUAUAUUAUUAUGGGGACUCUGUGGAAUAAAAUCGAAAUGAAUAGCCUUAAGGCUGGUUUGACAGCACUUGAAAAUUUUUAUAAAAGUAGAAAUUAUAAAAUUAUCGAUUAAAUAUAAAUCUAUUCAUUAUUAUCUGCUUGCGGCUUCUUAAUUUGUGACUUUCAACUAAACACACUACCUGUCUACAUAUAUUUACAAACAUCAGUAUUUUUAUACGUAUUGAAUUAUACAUAAAUAUAAUGCCUACUUAUAAACGGAACAUAAUCUUCAUAUCAAUAUUUUUUUUGAUUCAAUAUAAAACUAAUUACAUUCCAUCUAUAAAUAUGAAAUAAAAAUAUCACAUUUAUCUUAAAAAAAUAUUAUUAUAGUGAUAAGUAAAAAUCGAUAGUAAUUUUUAUAAUGAAUUUUUCUAAGUAUUUCAAAUGUAUUGCUUAAGUGAAGCUCAGACGAAUAUUGUGAUACAACGCCUAAAGCCAUAUCAGUGUACGUAUGAUAAUUAUAUAAUAAAUGUCUAUUUGAAUAAUGUGUUAAA